AUGGCCCAGCUUGAAUGCUCUCUUACGCGUACACUAAGCACAAAAAUUCGUGAUGUAACGGUGCGAAUCCGGAACCGUCACUUCACAAAAACCGAUGGCGAUAGUAAGACGCUGGUAAUCGACCAUCUUUCGCCUGAUAUGGCUUAUUGCAAUGAAAGUGCUAGCAGUAUAAGUUUUGCCGAAAAAAUCUGACAAGUCCAAACAAAACUCCGACGGGACGGCGCUAUACGAAAAAGUGGUCACGGUCUGAAAAAAGCCGUCGGUGACAAGUUGUCAUCGCCGAGGAAAUGA